AUGGGAACGGGAACCCUGGCCCCGACUCUGAAGCACGCCCUCCUCGCCUACGCUACAUGGACUAUACUGUACAUAUUUGGCCUUUUGCGGGACUUUGUCCGGAAUCGUCGGGGCAAGGCCUCGUUCAAAGGGUAUGCACCCAUUCGCCAAGACUUUGAAGAUUUCUUCACCCGGCGUAUCUACUACAGGAUCCAUGACGUCUUCAACUGCCCGGUGAAAGGACCCCCGUCUGCCUGGAUGGACAUUAUCGAGCGCACACCCGUAAAUAGACAGAAGCCGCUCAUGGCAACUGGCAAGAUCAAGCGCUGUCUGAAUCUUGGCUCCUACAACUACCUCGGCUUUGCGUCCUCCGACCCCUACUGCACCCCAAGGGUGCUUGAUACUCUGUCCCAGCAUGGCUGGAGCCUGUGCAGCAGCCGCGCUGACGCCGGCACCACUCCCGUGCACGAGGAGCUGGAGCGGGAGCUUGCCAGCUUCCUGGGCAAGCAGGCCGUCCUGACCUGCGGCAUGGGCUUCGCCACCAACUCUGUCUUCCUGCCGGUGCUGGCGGGCCCGGGCACCCUGGUCUUCUCCGACGCCCUCAACCAUGUCUCGAUCGUGACCGGGGUCAGGGCGGCCAAGGGCACGGUCCGCGUGUUUGACCACAACGACCCUGUCCACCUGGAGCAGCUGCUGCGCCAGGCCAUGCUGGAGGGCCAGCCCCGCACACACCGCCCCUGGAAGAAGGUCAUCAUCGUGGUGGAGGGCAUCUACUCCAUGGAGGGCGAGGUGGUGGACCUGGCCGGCUUCGUGGCUGUGGCCAAGAAGUACAAGGCCUACAUCUGGCUGGACGAGGCGCACUCCAUCGGGGCCAUGGGGGCCACAGGGCGCGGCGUCUGCGAGCACCUGGGCGUCAGCCCGGCCGACAUCGACGUCCUGAUGGGCACAUUCUCAAAGUCGUUCGGGGCCUGUGGCGGCUACGUCGCCGCAAACAAGGACGUGAUUGACUACUUCAUGGCACAAUGCCCUGCGCACCUGCAUGCGACGGCCAUGACCCCCCCCGCCGUCCAAAUGGUCCUCUCCGCGCUGCGCCUCAUCACUGGCGCAGACGGCAGCGACCGCGGCGCGCACAAGCUGUCCCAGCUCCGGACCAACGCCAACUACUUCCGCUCCCGCCUGCUGCACAUGGGCUUCAACGUCCUGGGGGACUGGGACUCCCCCGUCAUGCCCAUCAUGAUCUUCCAGCUGGCCAAGCUGUCGGCCACCUCCCACGAGAUGCUGCGUCUUGGGGUGGCGGUGGUGGUGGUGGGCUUCCCUGCCACGCCGCUGCUCACCUCCCGCAUGCGCGUCUGCAUCUCCGCCUCCCACACACGCCAGGACCUGGACUAUGCCCUGCAGCUCUUCGACUAUGUCGCUACAAAGUGUGACAUCCGCGAUCCGCCCCUGGCAGCCAGCAACCUGGUGUUCCUGGGCCCCGCCGACUCACCCCCCGCGGGCCAGCCUCUUGGCCCCCCCAACGAGUGGGUCCCCCUGGCCCCCAGCGACCACCCCUCCUCCCCUCCACCCGCCUGGGCCCCCCUCCCCUUGGUCCCCUGGGACCUGGCCACCACGGCCACCGUGCUCGCCCUCUGGCUCCUGGGCUUCUGGUGCCUGGCCUACGGCGCGCUGCCCUGCGCGCUGGCCCUGGCCGGCCUGGACCCGGGCAGCCCCGCGCCGGUGUUCCAGGCGCUGCGCCACCUGGCGCUGGACGUUGCCCAGCUGGCGCUCACUCUGGGCCUGCUGGGCCGGGCGCUACGUGAGCACGCCCCCCGCGCGCGCGGCCUCUUCGCGUUGCGGGCCCUCCCCCUCUCCGACUGGGUGGGGCCGGCGCUCGCGGGCGCUGCCACCUUCCCCGCCAUCCAUGCCGUCCACCGCCUGGCCGUGGCCCUCACCGUGCCGGGAGUGCCGGCCCCUGGCGGCGGCGGUGGCGACGCCGCGGCGCGCGCGCUGCUGGGCUCCGGGGACGGCGCCACGCGGGCCCUCUGGUUCUUCAUGCUGGCCGCCUGCGCCCCGGUCUGGGAAGAGGCCAUGUUCCGCGGUUUCCUCCUCCCCUCCCUGGCCACGCACAUGCCGCGCUGGGCGGCGGUGCUCGCGUCGGCCGCCGUCUUUGCGUGCGUGCACUUCUCGCGCGAGAACUUCCUGCCCCUGCUCCUCCUGGGCUGCGUGUUUGGUGCGGCUUACAGCCACCGCGCCAACCUGCUGCCCUGCAUCCUGCUGCACUCGCUCUGGAACGUGUUCCUCCUGGUCUCCGUCUGCGGCUUCUGA